ACAAGGCCUGCCUCCCUUAUCCUCUCCUCUUCUGGCUCUACCACGCAGUUCUUUUUCAGGGCCGAUGACUCGCUCAGUUAUAACUGAAAUGAAGAGCAGCUACAUGUUUGUAAGAGAUACAUUUUACUGAGUUUAGGGGUGGGGUCAUGGUGUCCGAAAUGGACGGCUGGCACUCCCUCCACACCAGCAUUGCACCCUUGGAGCUAAUUGAACAGUGCCCGGUUGGCCGCGCUCCAGUCUGUGAAAAGACACAAUUCCACAUCCAUCUAAGAGUCAUCACCACCUACAGCAUCUGCUUCCACAAGCUGAGGUCUUCUUCACCAGACUCUCCUCCUUUCCCGCAUGCCCGGCAAUCUUCCGUUUCAGUGGUGGACCCUGUUCUAGUGUUUACCUCGCUCUGUUCAUUGCUCCUGACGUUGCUGAGUGGCUUCUAUAUAUCCUGCUUCCGUGAUAGUCUGUCUGAGGUGGACUGCAGCCUCAAAGAGCAUCCCAGAGGACUCAAGGAAAAUAAUCAAAUGAAACACAGAAAUAAACAGAUGAGAGGAGAUAGGAUGGGUGAGGGAACAGAUGAAGUGGAUAGUGCCAAAACUACGAGAAUAUCCCUCAGUUUCCCCAUCAGUGCUGGACUGCCUGGUUUCUCUGCACAAAAGCAAUGUCCCUUAAUUCAUCCACCUUCCUCUUCUAUGACAUGUGACAGGGAAGCCUCAGAUGGCACUUUGUGGAAGGAGGAAACUCUCAGAGACAAACAGUUGUCCAAAGUAUCAAAAUCGAACUACCUGCCCUGCUCUUCCUCCUCUACUCUCCCUAUUGAUCUGACUGCACCUGUCAGCAAAUCCACAUUGUCUUUUUCUGUGGCUGGUACUGGUCCCCAUUUUCCUACAUCUGCUUUGCACACAACUGCUAACAUGGACUACUCGGAGACAUCUGGAGCUGGUCUGCCUAAUGACUACCCAGAACACUCAACCACAGAGACAGCACAUAUCUUAUUCAACCUGAGUGCGAGAGCGUACCAAGGUCAGGUGACAAAGGACCCGGAAAGCUCAAAAGGUAAAAAACGGAAGGCCAAUAGCUUACAUGUGGAACUGAGCCUUCCUCUCCCCAGUAUCAACCCACCUUCUUCUUCAUCGAACCCCCCUCCCCUUUCUCCCCCCUCUACCUCUCCUUUGACUCUCCCGCCUCCAUCUUUCCAUGACUCGUACCGGGCGGUGCCAAAGCCAGAGCUGCUGUGCGGGGUGUGCCACCGUCUGUUCAGCACCGCCUCAUCUCUCACUGUCCACAUGCGCCUCCACCGGGGGGGACGAAUGCUCAGCUGCCGCCACUGUGGCAAAGCCUUCAUCCAUAAUAAAAGACUGCUGUCCCACGAGGCCACCUGCCGGCAAGCGCUGCCAGCUUUCCCCGUCCAACCCAAAGAGGAACCCUUGGAGGAAGGGGAGGGGGAGAAAGCAGGCAGGGCUGAAGAGCAGUGCGGACAGGAGACGGGGCCCGGCCGGCCCCUAAAGAAGAGGCGAGGUCUCCAUGGGCAUCACGCCAGGGCGCUAGUUCACAGCGAUGGCCUGAGGGAGGAGGAUCACUUUGUGAAGGUUGUUGACGGACAUAUCAUUUACUUCUGCUCUGUGUGCGAGCGCUCCUACAUGACCCUGUCCAGCCUCAAGCGACACUCCAAUGUGCACUCAUGGCGCCGGAAGUACCCCUGCCACUACUGUGACAAGGUUUUUGCUCUUGCAGAAUAUCGCACAAAACACGAGGUGUGGCACACUGGCGAAAGGCGAUACCAGUGUAUAUUUUGCUGGGAGGCCUUCCCAACCUACUACAACCUCAAAACACAUCAAAAGACCUUCCAUGGCAUUAGCCCGGGGCUUAUCUCAAGUGAGAAGACAGCCAAUGGGGGCUAUAAGCAGAAGGUUAAUGCCCUUAAACUCUAUCGCUUGCUUCCCAUGCGCUCCCAGAAACGGCCCUACAAAACGUACAGCCAGGCUCUGGCUGAUGGACUGCUCAAACCUGACUCAUCUGUUACCCUGCCUCUGCCUCUCGACUGCAGCCUCCCUACGGCUCUAGACCCCAGUAAACUGGAGUCCUUACUUAAAGACGUUCAUCCACAAGACAUUAAAGACAUUAAACCGGACCCAGACAGAUUCAUCAUCAAGACGGGUACUGACCAGUGCAAGAAGAUGUCCCAGACAGAGAUGGCCAGUGAGGUCAGUGACAAAGAGAGGUCAGAUGUACAUCUUUCUGGCAACAGCAGCAGCAAAGUCAAACCACUCAAGGGCUCAGAGGCAGCUGUUUCUUCUGUCAUUACAUUUGGACAUAGCAAACCCUCAGUUAUCAUGCAUGGCACAUCACUCCAAUCCUCCGUCAUUGUUCAGAGAAAUAAGAUAUCCUCUGAGGAUGGAAAGAGCCCCUCCGAGAGCAAUCAGGCAAUUUCUAAGGCUUCCCAAAAGCAAAUGAAAAAGCAUAGUCAGAAGGAACACUCACAUGGCCAGAGUAGGUGGGAGACAGGCAGCUCCAAUACAGAAGCCCCCAAAAUCCAACAACCUACAGAGAAGCUCCACAAAGGCCGUAAAGCUCAUAGCAAGAAUGAGUCAAGCAAGGCGGUGCCCAUAUCUGUGGAUUCAGAGGUCAAGGGAAGUGGGCCUCUAUGUCAGAUCACCGUGCGCAUCGGAGAGGAGGCCAUUGUCAAAAGAAGUAUCUCUGAGACAGACCUCAUGAGAGACAAAAGCCCAUCUCUGAGCAAAGGCAAAAAGAGCAAUCUUCUGCAUGACGACCAGAGAGAGCAGCGACACACCCAUCACCACCACCGCAAACACCAUGGUCAUCGCAGUUCCAGCCAGGAAGGAAGGGAGGAGGAGCCCAAGUGGAAAAACCCCAGAGUGGCAGGCAAGGUGAGGAGGUAUUUCUUCCGUCAGGAAGUAAGGGAGGACAGGAAUGAGCAUGACAGAGAAGACAACUUGUGGAGACCCUACUAUUCUUACAAACCCAAGCGGAAGGCUUUGCAUAUGCAGAAGGUCAAGAGCUGGCAACGCAAAAUGCAUUACAAACGAUCCCUGAGGUUAAUGAGGAGAGCGGAAAAGCUCAUGAACCAUGUAAACAAAGAGGUGGAUGGUGGAGAGGAGGAAGAAGAAGAAGAAGUAAAAGAAGCAGAGAAAGAGGUUAUUCACCAGAAGGAGGUCAAAGACAGCACACAAGCUAUUUCUGUAUCCUCAAUAACUGAACAGGAGAAGGAAGAGAAGGGGGCCCCUGAAAAGCUUGACCCCCCUUUCUCUGUAGCUUUGCCCAAGCUGAAUACUCAGUACACAGGUUCCUCUACCAUUAAGCAACGGUGGUCUGGAGACCACGCUUCUGAAUGUGGGUCUUGUGGCCGCUGGUUCUCCAGUUCUAGGAAACGUGAUAAACACGAGCUAACACAUCUAUUCGAGUUUGUGUGCCUACUGUGCAGAGCUCCAUUUCCCUCUCAGACCAAGUUAGAGGAGCAUCAGAGAACGAAUCAUCCAAAAAACAAACCUCUGUCUACCUCCGCUCCAUGUAACUCACAGUUAUCAAGCAAAGAAAAUGCCAUGGAACUACCAGAGGGAGGUGAUGCACUGAGCAGGAGAUUCUUAGAAAAGGGUAGUCCAGCUCGCUUGGGAAGAAGGCCUUUGACCAGAUACACCUGCUCACAGUGUGAUAAAGUAUGCAAAACAGCAGCCGCAUUGAACUGCCACCUGAAGAGACACGAGCUAGGUGGCUCUGCAGAAAUCGUGCAGCAAAUGCCGGUCACACAAAGUUACAGCUCUGUGAUACCAGAGACAGGCAAAGAUAAAAGCAAAGACAUUACAGAAGAGCAUGCACGGGCCAUCCCUGUUAUAAGCUACCCUAAAACAGAUUCCCAACACACAGAAAUUCAGCUCGGUGAGGGAAAUGCGGAGCACCAAAGAGUAGGUGCUGAUGAAAGCCCAAAGCUAGCAAUUCACAGUCCACAGUUGUGUACCACAUCCUCCCCAGUUAGACUCAGCCCCACAGUGGAAAGGUCAAAGGUCAUCUCCCCUGGUCUCCCCAGUGUACUGGUCAUGAAUGGAGCAGAAUGCCUGGACUUCCGAACCCCCGAGAAACGGAAUCUAGAUACACAGGACCAGAGGAGGAGAAGCCGCACACCUACUGACAGACCGAGUCAAGUAUGUCAAAUGCAAACGGUGCCAAAGGUUAGAACACAGACUGAACGUACAACUAUGGCACUGCAGGCAGUCAAGGGUUGUGCUGCUGGUGACGAGGCAGAAAGAGACACACACAGACACAAGGACAUUCACAACAUGGACCAUUUAAAUAAUUUGCAGGAGGCUCAAGAUCUUAGGAUCUUUCCAGUACCCAGAGUUGGUAGCAGAAGCCAAGCAGAGGAUCUAUCAAUGCAAACUAUACUGGCAAGGGAGAGGGAGCUAGCCCAGCAAGCUGCGUACCAGGCCACCACCAACAAAAAGUGCUCCACAGAAGAGGAAGUGACGCUCAUUGUGCCCAAAGAAGAGCCGCUAAGUCCCGUACCCUCUCCCACAUGCUCUGUCAUUCAAACCACUCAAAAAGGACCCUCUCAAAGGCACCCACAGUCCCCUUGUCAUUCUCCAGGCCCAUUAAACCUGCAGUUGCGUCCACAUUUGGAACAGAACCAAUCACACCAAGGCAUGCACGGUGCCGAGAAACAAAGACCUGCGCUUCCAACGGGUUCAGGUCGGGGUAGCGAGCCCCCCUCUUCUUGUGCUGUGCUGCACCCCCAUGUGCCCCGUUCAGAAUCAGAGACAAAGGACAGCACCUCUUCAACAGCAACAGACCCUCGGAGGGAAUCCAGCUAUCCUGUUCAGGAGUUUGCACUUCCUUUGAUUAUACCAGGGGGCUACUGCUCUGGUAAGAAACAAGAGGACCAGAUCCUGAUGUCUUACCCCCCUGGACCCCUAUCUUUUGGGGCACUGGGGAAGAUGGUACCCCAUACUGACUCAUCCAAACUGCCCUUUUACCCUGAUCCCUAUCACCUGCUCUAUGGCCCACAGUUACUACCAUACCCAUACAACCUUGCAGCUCUGCCCAUGGCUCUCAAUAUGAUGGCAUCAGGGGACAAAGUAGAGCCCUUGCCAUUUUUACCCACUCUCUUCAAUUAUGCUGCAACAGGUGCCCCUUUCGCAGGAACAGUGCCCCACCCUUUAAUGGUCAACCCCAGCCUAUACAAUAGCAGCAGUAGCAGUAGCACAAAGCGAGACAGUGGCAACCCAUGAGUGAAUAUUGAGGCAGAAGCAGUGAAGGAAUACUGUACAGCUUAAAAGAGGACCAGGCCUUUGAUUGAAGAGAGUUUAUUGUUCUGUUUGUUAACUGAACUACUUGCACAGAUCUUUCUUCUCUUUUGUAAAGUAGCAAAACUAUAGGCAUAUGUAGGAAUCAACCAUAGUGAAGUGACGGAGGGGUGUUUUGGAGGUAGGGCCAAUGGGUGAAGGGGAAGUGAUGAUCUAAAGAUCCGAUAUCUUUCUGCCACUGGCAAAACACACCUCUGACACGCCACCCUUCUCCCUCUUUAGAAGAGUUAGAGCUUGGUUUUAUGUCCUCUCAGAUUUAUUGUGAUAAUAGGUAUAACCAAUAAAUAAUAAUCGCUAACAGGGUGUGUGUUUCCAGAAAAAAAAAAAAAAAAAAAUUAUUAGUUAAGUCUGCUUCCCACUAGUGACAGUAUACCAAUAAUGAUGUUGUUAAUAAUAUUGAUAUAUUGACACCGCUAAUAGUAAUAAUAUGGGGACCGAGCUUUUCAUUACAAGCAAAAGGAUUUACCUAAAAAGGCUCAACACACUCAACUCAGUGAAGGAAGAUGAUAGCUUACAGUUUCAUGAGUGUGUAUGUCUGUGUGUGUUUGUGUGAGCACGUGUGCGUGCGUGCGCGCGUGUGUGUGUGUGUGUGCGUGCACGCACAUGUGUGCAUGUGUGUAUGAAACUUUCGUCAUGCAUGUAGAAGUUUGGGGUAGCUGCCCUCUUACAUUAUGUAACUGUAGGUUCUGUUGUGUGUAUUUUCAGUACUGGCUUUUAUGUGGGUGUCGGCAGAUGUGAACACGUGUGCUUGUGUGCGUGGGUGUGUUGAGAGUGAUGUAUGCAUGCACAGUUGUAGCCAGCCACUUUUGUGCUAUAGCAGCCUUGGGCUAUACCAGUUCCAUGGGGAUUUUAAGUAUAGGAGUAUCAUUCCUGGACAGGCUGUUACAACCUUUGUAGAUCAGCGUGUAGAAAAAUUAGAUGAGGUUCUUCCUUCGUCAGUCAUAACUUAGCAGCUUGAUAGCUUAACUACAUGUCAUACUGGAUGGAGCUUGUUAAUAUGUGAUCUUUUACUAACUAGGUUUUUGGUGGCUUGGUAACUUAAAAUCAAUGGUAACUGAGGGUUGAUUCUACAUUUCACGAUGUUAUGUACAAAGAUUAUGUUUCAGUUUGGUUUGUAGAAGUGGAAGAUGGAAUAACUGUUUGGAGGAUUAAAUGAGGAACUGGACACAAAACCUUGUUAAAAUGUCUGUGUACUUCUAGUAUCUUAUUGUUUGUUCCAGUAAAGAAUAUAAGUCAGCUUACGUUUAGUGGCCUUCUUCUCCCCAGUGCCCCCUGGUGUCCACCAAAGGUACUGUAUUCCCUUGAUGGAAAUCUGGGAGAGAGCAUGAGGUGGGUGAGAGUGAGAGAGAGAGAGAGAGAGAGAGAGAGAGAGAGAGAGAGAGAGAGAGAGAGAGAGAGAGAGAGAGAAAGAGAGAGAGAGAGCGAAAGAAGUGAAGCAAUGUCCAGUGAGUCUGAUAUUGCCCGUAGAGCUUCCAUUAUAAAGUCUGAGAAAAAUGAUGUUCUAGGAGAAGUGCAACAGCGCAGCUGGCGAAUGCUGUUUUCAGGCAGAUGUGAGCUUACAAAGCCUGUUACCGAGGGUUACCAAGCCGAGGGUUCCAUUGGCUAGCUGACUCUUUCUCUCUCCACGUCUCCUCCGCAGUGCACGAAACAGCAAAAGAUGACGUCAGCCACUCCUGACGCCUGCACAGGGUCUGAGCUGUAAUGCUUAGGAGCUGGAGUGCCCUGAGCGCUCCUUAGGAAUUUCCUGUUUUUGUAUCUUUUUAAACAAUAUUAUUUGUUUAUUUUACAUAUUUUCCCUUUUGAUAGAGAGACAAGGAUUGUGCUUGAAGAUGGUUUUUCAAGUACAAAUGAAUAUGAAUGUAAUUUUAGUCAUGAGGUUAAAAAAUGAACAGUAUGGUAGACGACUUCUGUUUUCUGACUUGAAAAAUGACAUGUAAUAAUAAAGCGCUAUGAGGUAUUCACAUAUAUACAGUAGUCUUAGAAACAUGUCUAGGAACUUGGAUUCAAUAUAAUCAUAACGCAUGAGCAACACUUGCUUCUUCAGUAUCCUCUGGUAUUGUCAUAACAAUCUUCACUUUCUUUCUCAUAUGUGGUUCUCUUCAGCUUUCAUUUUUCUCUGCUGGUAUGCUUGAAAUACUAUCUGCUGUCAAGCUGUCUUUUUUUCGGCUAAAUCUUUUUUGUUCAUUCAUUUUAAACCUGAAACCAAAAAGUGCAGCCCCCAGCCUGCCUUGUGUCUUUUUCUCAACCACAGCAUAAGCUGUGCAAUUACAAACUCCUUUGCCCACCCCUCCCAUGACAGUCUCCCCAGUUCUCCUUCCCGUUCCCAAACAACUUCUCCUCUCCUUUUGAAGUGAGCGUGUUUGAAACUGUGCAAUGAUGCCGUAGCACUGUUAAUUUCCAGAGGGUAAAAUGCGAAGGUGUGUUACUUUAUUUGGGUGUAGGGUAGGUACAAGGAGCUUUUCAUGUAUCUACAUGUGCAUGUGUGUGUGUGUGUGUGUGUGUGUGUGUGUGUGAGAGAGAGAGAGAGAGAGAGAGAGAGAGAGAGUGUGUAUGUGUGUAUGCACUUGCAAGGAAACAAAAAACCAAAACAUAUAUCCCUUGAGGCUUGCCACCAAACCAGUGUUCGUUUUGGACCCCAACCAACCUUUGUUUUUAUUGUACCACUGCACACUUUCCUUAAACAAAUUAGGCUACCUGUCUGUACCUGUGGCUGACUAAGGAAGUGGAGGUUGAACACGUCUAAGUGAAGCUUUUAAAAGUCCACCAAAGUUAUCAAAAUUUCUUAAAAAAAAAAAAGAAGAAGAAGGAAAGAAAUCAUUCACUGGAUUUUGAGAUCCAAAAUCUGUCAUAUGUUGAUUUCCAGAAAUAUAUCAUAGAUGGUCUCAAAAAACAAAUCAGUAAGAAUCAUGAAACUCCCAACUAUCGGACAACAUCUAAAUCCCUUUAUAGUUGUACAUAGAAAUAGGAAUCACAAUUCAAUUAGCAGGCAUUACUGUAGACACAAGUCUGAAAUAAGCUAAUAAGAUUACACACAUAAGCUCAUGCACCUUACCAAAUUUGUGAUUACCAAACCAAAUUCGUAACUCCAUACCAAUUUAUUCCUAUCUCUGAGAUAACACAGUGUCAGUGUUAACACGAACCUUCCUGCAGGCAGCAAUCAUUUAGAUCAUUAAUUCAAAACUUUUCAAGAACACAGGUUUUGGUUCUUCAAAACCUGCUCCAAGGUUUGGGAGACAUUCCAAAAUAUGGUCACUGCAUUACAUCAGGUUACGGGGUCGUCCAGAGAACAUUUGUAAAGUAGGUAAAAAGUUAAAUGGAAAGAAGGCCGAAAAGUGAUAGGAUGCACCCACAUUGUUUAGACUGAGCUGUUCCUAAAUGUCAAACAACACCCGCAGUCCACCCAGAAACAACCAACAGCGAGAGAGAUCAAUUUGGCUCAAAUUUAGUAGCUACACGUAUUCUGCUGUUGGUCAUAGUUGUAGGCAUGUGACUGAUUUGUCUGGUAUUGUGAAAAUGUAAAGUUACAGUUGUGCCAUUGUUUUAGAGGUUCACAUAUUUGACCACAUUUCCUGAAAUGUUUGAGAAGUUUAGUUGUUUCUUGUUGACUUUGUGACCAUUUAAUACAAAGACCUGUCAACACAUUGCCAAAUCAAGCCUGCAAUCUAUAUUUUAUCCACUUCUCUUUAUUUCUUUGCUCUAGUUCUCCUGUCUCCCUCUGUCCAUGCUACAACCAUACAAAUAAAGUAUUAACCUGAUGACCUACAAA